CUUGGCUGGGAAGGGUGCCUGCCAGGCAGGAGGGGCGUGGGGCGAGGCUCCGCCGGGGAAGGGCGUAGAGCCGGGGCAUGCACCGACACAGCCCGGGCAGAGCAGCGCGGGGGAUCGCGCCUGGCUGCCCUGCGCUGCAAGCGGAAGGGGUCUCGGUUCUCGUGCCCAGGCAGAGCCGGGAGCCCGGGCUGCUGGGGAUGCCUCGGCGGGGGGCGGCCCGGCGGCCAUGACCCCCCCGCAGGUGCUGAAGGAGGGGGUGCUGGAGAAGCGCAGCGGGGGGCUGCUGCAGCGCUGGAAGAAGAAGCGCUGCCUGCUGACCGAGGAGGGGCUGCGGCUCUUCCAGCCCGGCGGCUCCCGCUACAAGGAGCUGGGCUUUGCCCGCAUGCGGGCGGUGGAGUGCGUGGAGUGGAAGCGGCGGCACGUCUACUUCACCGUGGUGACCCACAGCGGCCGCGAGAUCGACUUCCGCGGCCCCCGGGAGGAGCCCGGCUGGAGCGCCGAGAUCGGCCUGGGGCUGGUGCGCUUCCAGAACCGGCUGGCCAUGCAGAGCGUGCGGGCCCGGCACGGCGGCGGGGCGGCGUUCCAGUAUGACCCGGCCCCGAGCGGCCAGGCCACAGACCCGGAGGGGCUCAAGGGAAGGACGGAGAUGGUGAAGGGGCACUCGCCCACCGGCGGGGAGAACGGAGUCCCUGGCUGUGAGUGAAAGUGGGGCCCUGGCUUCAAGAGGGACAGCAGGCGUUUCAGCGCCAAAGGCCCGAUACGCUGGACCACGUGUGCCGCUAGCUGCUGAGAACCGCCUCCCUCCCUGCAGGGCCAUUCCUGCUUCCCAACGGCCAUAGGCUGCUGCACUGUUCUCCAAGCGCUCCGUAUAGCUUGGCCCAGGGAUCCGGGGCCCACUGGCCCAGUCAAAGACCUGCAGGAGAGGCAGGAAGGGGAGCACCUGGGGGAUAAAAGCCCAGGCUGAAAGCAAGAACCAAAGCAGGAUUGUUUUGCGCUUCGUCAGCCUGCUGCUGGCUGGACGCCAGAAGGGACGCAACCGUGCUAGUGAGCUGGGGAGCCCAUCCCGCCCGCCGGACUGCCUUGGCUCUGCUGUCAAGGCUCAGCCAGGCAUCUUCGUGAUCCACAGGCGCAUCCCUUGGCGACAAGCUGUCCUGUAGCUGAGCCGGUUGGGGCUGUGCUGAACUGGAAGUCAGCUGUCCUAUGUCUCUUCUCCUGCGGGACUGGAGUAGCUAGAGAUCCAGCGAUUGAGCCCGGUGGGAUGUCAGGUGUAGGUGGGGGUGGGUUCCUGGGCAGAGUGAUUGUGUGGUGCUGCUCCCCAGUUUGGCUGGGGCCUGUGUGAUGACAGGCUUCAGCGAGAAGGCACCAGCCUGUCUCAGCCGGUGACCUGUCUGGACAGAGGGGUUGUGAGGACAGCCCCGAAUGAAUUCCUCCCCUUGUAACAGAGGGUGCAAGUGCUCGCAUGCCCUGCCCCACUGGGUCAGGCCAGCUCUCCUGCCAGGAUGGGAAGUCGCUGCUGUUGGUGUCAGGGGCGGCUCUAGACAUUUCACUGCCCCAAGCACGGUGGCUUGCCGCAGGGGGUGCUCUGCUGGUCGCCGGUCCCACGACUCCACCGAAGGCACGCCUGCAGGAGGUCCAACGGAGCCACUUGCCGCCCUCCCGGUGAUCGGCAAAGCGCCUCCCGUGGCAUGCCGCCCCAAGCACGCUCUUGGCGCGCUAGGGCCUGGAGCCGCCCCGGUUGGUGUGUCAGGACAAUUGAUAAUGCGGGCACCUGGGCUGCUGACAGCAAAGAGUGAUUUGUGUCUGGAAUGGUGCCCAUUCUGCAUGCUGCUGCUGCUUGGUUUGCGUCUUCACCUUGUGGAGGUUGGUCUGGGGUGAACGGAGGCAGGGUGAAGGUCCCUGGAGAGACACGUCUGACACAAGCAGUGUGCUGGGGAAGUUCUCCCAUGCACAGAUCUGCCGAUGCUCCUCAGCCCUGACUCGCAGCCCCCUGCUAUUCCAGCCAGGGGCUCCCCCACAUACAGCUCUACCAAUGUCCCUCAAUCCUGACCUGCAGCCUUCUGCUUUUCUGGCCCUGGGCUUCCUCCCAUCUGCCACAGACUCUCUGUUGCACCUGCUGUGCCCAUCCUGGGCCUCCAUGUGAAGGCCAAGCUGAAUGGUAAUUUUGUGACAUGGACCAAUAAACUUUACAGAGAGA